AUGGUGGCGUUUAAAACGGGUCCAAUAUUGCUACUUCUAUCGUUAUGUGUCGCAGGAGUGUUCAGUGACGAGGCGCAAGAUGCUUGGGCCUCAAAGCAACGACGAAUUAAGGGUGAUAAUUCUGGCAGACCGAGUAAGUUCAGCGGGCGUAUUGUCGGUGGCACGGAACUCAAAAAUGCGCUUCCGUACCAGUUAUCCUUGCGUGAAAGCGGCAACCACAUCUGUGGAGCCUCUAUCAUUUCUGCAUUUCACGCUUUAACGGCCGCUCAUUGUCAGUCACCGCCGUCCGAAAUCAGCAAGCUCACACUCCUCGCCGGCGCAGUUCAGCGAUCCGAUCCCAAUGGUAUCAUCUUCCAAGUGAACAAUGUUACCAACCAUCCUAGAUUCGAUCUACGAAACUUCGCCAAUGACAUCUCCAUUCUACAUGUGACCUCGUCUUUCCUGAACUAUCCCAACCUGGCGGUCAUUCCGUUGGUAUCCGAGCUGUACAAACUGAAGGUGAACAGCGUGGCUGCCGUUAGUGGCUGGGGUCUUACCGCUGCCGACUCGAUGCUGGCACCUACGUUGCGCACUGUAAGGAUUCCCAUCACCAGUAUGGCAACCUGCAUUGCACAGUGGAGUCCGGUACGGAUAGCUAAAACAGCCAUCUGCGCCGGCCACCCUGGUCGUGAUUCAUGCAACGGAGACAGUGGCGGUCCGCUCGUUCAGGAUGGCCAACAAAUCGGACUGGUUUCUUGGGGUGCCGAUCAAUGUGGAAGCGCGUACCCAGGCAUUUACACGUACGUCGGUAACAAGGCUAUGCGUACAUUCAUUCAAGAGAACAGUGGCGUCUGA